UGGAAAACGUUUUGCUGUGUUAAACUGACUGUAAAAGUAAUUAUUAGUAAUAAAAUAACUGUUAAGCUACAACAAUGGACAACAUUGAGCGUCUUUAUAAAUGCUACGAGAUAUUAUCCGAAGCGGGAGAUAAAAUAACUGAGCAUGUUGCGGAAUACAAAGAGAUAUUACAGGCCGUAAAAGGCACAUCGAAGGAGAAGCGUUUGGCAUCGCAAUUUAUUGGCAACUUUUUUAAACACUUUCCGGAACUGUCAGAUACCGCAAUUGAUGCACAGUUCGAUUUAUGCGAAGAUGAUGAUACACAGAUACGCCGCCAAGCCAUCAAAGAUUUGCCCAAGCUAUGCCAGGGCAAUGCCGAAGCUACCGUCCGCGUGGGCGACACACUGGCCCAGCUACUAAUUCUGGACGACGCAACCGAGUUACAGCAAGUGAACAACUCGUUGCUCAGCAUCAUUAAAUUGGACACGAAGAGCGCCAUAGCUGGUUUGUUUCAGCAGAUAACCACGGGCGACGAGCCAACGCGUGAGCGUUGCUUUAAGUUCAUUGCAACCAAACUGUUGACAAUGGGUCCGAAUGUCAUAACCAAGGAAAUUGAGGAUUAUAUUGUGGAGGAGGUCAAGAAGGCAUUGCAGGACGUGACAGCCGAUGAAUUUCAUCUAUGUAUGACGAUAUUGGGCGCGACCAAGCUGGGCAACACAAUUACCGGCCAUGCCGAAUUGGUCAAGUUGGCAACGGAACAGGCUGAGCUAAAUACCGUCGAUACGGAUACCAUAGCUGUUGACGAUGAGGUUGUGGAACGUUUCAUACAAUGUGCCACGGCAGCAGCACCUUACUUUUCGAAAACCAUUAAAUCAACACAAUUCGUGGCUUAUGUUUGCGAUAAACUGUUGCCAAUAAACACAUGGAAUUUGAUUGCCACCGCAAUCUCACAGGAUCAGAUACAGUUGCGUUUGCUUAAAGUAUUCGCCGAGAUGAUUACCAACACGGAUAAACUAGAAAAUGCCAACGAACGCAUUAAUGCCGUGUACAAUGUGCUAUUGGAAUAUAUGCCCUUGCCAAAGCUGAGCGAGGAGGAUACGGCAGAUACGCCACCCUCAUUUCAAUUCUCGCAUGCUGAAUGCUUGCUUUAUGCAUUGCACACGCUGGGCAAGAAGCAUCCAGGCAAUUUAAUGUUUGUUGAGGAUGCCGAAAAACUAAAAGACUUCCGUGCUAGAUUGCAAUAUCUAGCGCGCGGUACACAGGGUUACAUUAAGAAACUGGAGGAGGCUCUUAAAGGCAAGUCAGUCGAGGAGCUGAAAACCGAGGAGAAUCAAUUGAAGCAAACGGCUUUGAAGACAACAUCAAACAUAAAUAUUCUGAUACGUGAUCUAUUUCAUUCACCGCCCAUAUUCAAACAUGACAUUGUGCUCUCCUGGGUUGUGCCCAAAAAUAGCAAGCUUGGCAAACGCCAUGCGCCCAUCACAUUUGGCGACAAGGGCGCCGCCAAUGGAAAUCAGGAGCAAGAGGUACAGGAUAAGAAACCGCGGCCAUCCAAUGAACAGAAAUUCUACUCGCCGCCCUCGGGCAAGUACUCGGGAAAGGUAAAUUCCAAUUAUGGCAACAACAAUCGCGCGCGGCAACGGGGUGGUGGCGGCGGCGGCGGCGGCGGUGGAGGCUUUAGGAAUCGACGAUACAACAACAGAUAUUAGAUGCAGCCCAGCACACUAUUUUCACAUCCUAGUCGUUAAACAACAUGAAACAACAUAAAAGCAAAAAAAAAAAAAAGAAAGAAAGAUAACGAGAGAUUAUGAAAAUUCUCUAAAAA